GCUGGGCCCCGCCCCCUGAGGGCGAGGCGGGGCCGGUCCCCGCUGCACGUGACAGCGCUGCGGCGGGCACCGCGAGCUGCUGUGGGAUGGCGACGGGGCUCUCGCUGCUGCUGCUGCUGCUGGUGGCGCUGGCGGCAGGUGCAGUUCUGAGGCAAUCCCGAGAGCCCAAAGAGCUGUGGGGAUAUGUGGAAGUUCGAAGUAAAGCGCACAUGUUCUGGUGGCUCUACUAUGCAAAUAACCCAACCAAAGACUUCACAGAAUUACCUCUCAUCUUGUGGCUUCAGGGAGGUCCAGGAUCUUCAGGCUGUGGAUUUGGGAACUUUGAAGAGAUUGGCCCAUUAGACAAAGAAAUGAAACCAAGAAAUACAACCUGGGUGCAGGCAGCCAGUGUCUUGUUUGUGGAUAAUCCUGUGGGCACUGGAUUCAGUUACGUGGAUGAUUGUAGCUUGUUUGCCAGAAACCUUACCACAGUAGUUUCUGAUAUGAUGGUUUUCCUUGGAGAAUUCUUCACGUGUAGAACAGAAUUCCAGAACAUCCCAUUCUACAUAUUUUCUGAGUCUUAUGGAGGUAAAAUGGCUGCUGGCAUUGCUUUAGAGCUGCAUGAGGCUGUUCAAAAAGGGACCAUAAAGUGCAAUUUUAUGGGGACUGCUCUUGGAGACUCAUGGAUUUCUCCUUUGGACUCUGUGCUGUCUUGGGGACCCUAUCUUUACAGCACUUCUCUCCUUGAUGAUAAUGGUCUAGCAGAGGUGACUGCUGUUGCUAAAGAAAUAAUGGAUGCAAUAAAUAAAAAUCAAUAUGGGCUGGCCACUGAGCUGUGGGGCGAGGCUGAAGGUGUCAUUGAAGAGAACACAGACAAUGUGAACUUUUAUAACAUCAUGACUAAGGACGUUCCAGAGAUGAAAUCAAAUGAACAAGAAAAUCUCCAUCUCCUAGGACUUUACCAGCGCCAUGUCAAAUAUAUGCAUAAGGAGAGCCUAAAUGAAUUGAUGAACGGACCCAUCAGAAAGAAGCUAAAAAUUAUUCCUGACUGUGUGAAAUGGGGAGGUCAGUCCAGAGAUGUCUUUGAGAACAUGGCUGAGGACUUCAUGAAACCUGUCAUUGAUAUUGUUGAUCAGCUUUUGGCAGCCAAUGUCAAUGUUACGGUCUACAACGGGCAGCUGGAUCUCAUUGUUGACACCAUGGGCCAGGAGGCAUGGAUCCGGAAACUGAAAUGGCCUAAUUUGGACCAGUUCAACCAGCAAAGGUGGAAGGCACUGUAUGUGUCUCCCGAAUCCACUGAGACAGCUGCUUUCCACAAGGCCUAUAAGAACUUUGCUUUCUUCUGGAUUCUUAAGGCUGGGCACAUGGUACCGUCUGAUCAAGGAGAGAUGGCACUGAAAAUGGUCAGGAUGGUGACCCAACAGCAGCACUAGGGAAGGGGAGGCCAGCUGGCGUGGCUUCUGUCGAAUGUCAAUGCUCUUGCAGAAUAUGAGUCCAGAAUAAUAAGCUGCAGGAGGAACAACGGCUAUUUGGACACAAAGCCUCUCUAAUAUUGCUGAGAAUGUGCGUAAGCACUUAUGGAAAGGCAUUUUUUUUUUCCUUGAAUGAGUUGUUGCUUUUGAAUUUGUAAGCUGUGAUUUGCUGCCUUAACAGUGUUUAUAAUGAUUCUUCCAGAGGGAAGUCGACUGUCAUAAACAACUAGCUCUGAGCCAUUGCCUUUGACUUAGAAAGAUUUUGUGCUCUUGUAAAAAGCUGCCCUCCCCUGAAUUUUCUCUUCUCUGUUCACACACCAAGACUAAAACUGAUUUGAGUCCUGAUAAACUUGCUCUUGGUUCCUCUCAAAGAGCUAACCUGUUUCAUGAGGCUGUGGAAUGUCCCUUCACUUGUCCUCAGGCCUCUGCUUGAGUCACUUGGCCGGAUUACAAGCUGAAGACCCGGAGAUGCCAGGAUAGAAGACCUGCCCUGGAGGAUUUACAGUCCAUCUCAUCUUGCUGAGGUGCCUGAGUUAGGAUCCAAGAUUCUUCAGGCUUCCUGUGCUGUGGAGAGAGAAAACACCCUCCCAGGGGAGGAUUUGACCUAUUUCAUCUGACCAUUUGUUUCUUGUUUUCAUUCUCUUUCAUGACCGUUACCUAAACUUUGCCUUUAGCCAAACACCUAAAGAACAUCCAGCAAGUGUGCUGAAGCAGGAGCCCUGUUAAUACCUUCUUCUUGUACAGAAGAGAGUCCUAAUGGCCCAGAAGCCUCUUACAACCUUCUGAGCUUAGCCUGGAGAGUGGAGAGUAUUAUUUGAGUAAUAAUAGCGUAAUUCUGAAAGAUAAUAACAGUAUUUAAAAGAAAGAUAUACAAGCUAAAACCAGUAUCUUGAUACAUAUUUUUCUAGGGCUUUUUUUAAGUCUUUCAGAGACCUAUGAUUUUGAAACAACUUUUUUUAUAUAGUACACAGUCAGGAGAGGUGGUUAGACAUCAUUUGACUUUGGUUUUGGAGCACAAAGUGACCGUUGUUUAUUGGUGUCUGAUAGGAGGCACAACAGCUUGAUCCAGCUGCCAGAAUCCUAAAUAAAUAGCAACCCCUCAAUUACUCCAGCAACAGAAACUGUCAUGAAAUAUCUGAUAGUGUUGGCUUAGAAAGGACUGAGGCAUAAUGCUAUGUAAACACAUAAGCAAUCACCCAGCAGCUGGACUACUGGCACCUAAUAAUUGCUUUCCUUCUGCAUGUUCUCUGCUUGAACUGUGUUCUUGAGAACUCUAGCAAUGCAAAUCCAAAUUUUUUUAAACACAUUUUUCAAUAAAUGCAAUAGGCCUAAUCUUCCUCUCUCUUGGGCACCACAUUGAUUUCACUGCUUGAAAAUCGCAUGUUUCCUGGUUUGCUUUUUGAUGUAAAGCCCCUGCCAAUGGGAGCAGAUGCAGUCAGGCUUGAGAGGGAAGGGUGCAGGACUGUGCUCUCCCCUCUCCUGUGUAUUUGGGACUGCAGCCCCUCUGGUCCUUUCCACUAAACGCACUCCUUCAGAGCAUGUCGGGCAACUCAGAAUAGCUAGGCAGGAUUAAACCAGCAAUUGUUUCUGUUCUCUUUCUGUUUGAACGUUAGACCAAGAAGAAUAAGAGGAGGGUCCUAGAGGUGUGUAAAUCUGCAUUCUUGGAAUAUUUUAAUAUAACUUGCCAAGCAAACAAGUAUGUCUGAGCCUGGGCAGUUUGAGUUGGCCUGUAGUCCUGCAUCCUGUUAUAUACAAUACUUUGCAUUGUGCCUAAACAAUUAAUACUGUAGGGCUUGAUAGAGGGAAAGAAUUGAGAAGAUGGUAUCUCCAGAAAGUGGCGUUUACUGCUGUUCUUACGCUGCUUUAUGAAAUGGGACAUUUAUUCAUGUUGCCUAGAGCUUGUGCUCAGUGAUAGGCCCAAGACAUCUGUUCCUUGUCCUGCCUUGUUUCAGCUUCUGCAGGUUUUUCUGUUGGCAAAGAGACGGCUUACGAGGAAAAGAGAUGGUUUCAAGAACCUGUUGGUAAUAAUUUGCUGGUUUUAGGGGCUAUGCCAAAUCUAAACUUGUUAGAAUAAAAAUACUUGCCCAUGGAGACAGGCUCUUAAAUAACGUCCAUUUAAAUGCAAACAACAAAAAAAGCAGCACUUCUUUAAUAUCAGGGAAAUCCCUUUUAUUUCACGAAAAGCUUUGUAACUGGUGUGUCACAGCUUUAGAUCAUCACAAAGGUAGGUCACCUGUCCAGCAGAUGCUGUAAGAAAUUGGUUGCUUUGAAAGGAGUUCAAGUCCUGCUGUGUAUCUGACUAGCAAUGACAUACUUUGUCCAUUUUGAUUUCAUGCAGUAUGUUAUUUCCAGAUAAGGGCUGUCACUUGCCAAAUCCAUUAGGAUGAAUCGUUCUAAAUAUUAAUAAGACUUUUUACAGAUGCUGGCCUAGUCAAAAGAAAACAGCCCAAUGUUUGUAUUUCAUCUUCUGCAGCUGCAGGCUUUGAUCGCAUACAUAGCCUGAGAGCCACAGACUUAUUUUGCUCACCAUCAAUUGAGGAUAAUUUUCACAGAAACAAAUCCAACUGUGUUAAAAAUCAGUAAUUUGUCACUGCCUCUUCAGCAUGAACAAUUUUGACUUUCUGUAACUCUCACCUUUUCUAAGCCAGACAAAGAAACCUAUAAAUUAUCCACUAUGUAAUAAAUGGGUGUCUCU